GUAAUCACAUAUCGCCGCGCAGGUCACCUGUCAGAUACUGUACGGAUGUCGCGUUCAUGACGUCACAUGUUUGCGAGAACGCGCUCUGACCUCACGAAAGAACGGCGGUGCCGCGGUCUGGAGGGAAUUAGAACGAGAAGCUUUGCAAGGCACAGCCACCACCUAUGAAACCAUCCAAUAGCCAAGUGCAACAUUUUGAUGCCUACCUCUGAGUCCCUCCCCAAGUCCCACUAUGCCGGCCGCAACGGUGGACCACAGCCAGCGGAUUUGCGAAGUUUGGGCCUACAACCUGGAUGAACAGAUGAAGAAAAUCCGUCAAGUUAUACGCAAGUAUAAUUAUGUUGCAAUGGACACAGAAUUUCCAGGUGUUGUUGCCAGACCAAUAGGAGAGUUCAGAAGCAAUGCUGACUAUCAGUACCAGCUUCUGCGCUGCAAUGUGGACUUACUAAAAAUAAUACAGUUGGGACUCACCUUUAUGAAUGAACAAGGAGAAUACCCUCCAGGGACUUCCACUUGGCAGUUUAAUUUUAAGUUCAAUUUAACGGAAGACAUGUAUGCGCAAGAUUCAAUAGAACUACUCACGUCCUCUGGAAUCCAGUUUACGACGCAUGAGGAAGAAGGCAUUGAAGCACAUUAUUUUGCAGAGCUGUUCAUGACAUCUGGAGUUGUGCUAUGUGAAGGAGUUAAGUGGCUUUCUUUUCAUAGUGGCUACGACUUUGGUUAUUUAAUAAAGAUCUUGACAAAUUCAAACUUGCCUGAGGUAGAACUGGACUUCUUUGAAAUUUUGCGCCUCUUUUUUCCUGUUAUAUAUGAUGUGAAAUACCUUAUGAAAAGCUGCAAAAACCUAAAGGGUGGGUUGCAAGAAGUGGCAGAGCAACUGGAACUGGAGCGGAUAGGACCUCAGCAUCAGGCAGGCUCAGACUCAUUAAUGACGGGAAUGGCUUUCUUCAAAAUGAGAGAAAUGUUUUUUGAGGAUCACAUAGAUGAUGCUAAAUACUGCGGCCAUUUAUAUGGCCUUGGGUCUGGCUCAUCUUAUGUACAAAAUGGGACAGGAAAUGCAUAUGAAGAGGAAGCCAAUAAACAGGCAUGAUCUUACAUGGACAAUAAGGCAGCACUUUUCAUUACCAAGCUAUUAAAGCUUGUACUUGUUUUAUCUCUCAUUGGAUUGCUAGGACAGUGAUUCCCCUAUCUUGGCACUUUAUUUUGUGCCUUUCUUUGUAAAAUGUGGAACCACUUGGACUUGAGACAGAUCUGUCUCGAUUUUCCUAUAUGCCUUAUUUAGCUACCAUCAGACACUGCUGUUGUAAUCACUACAAAUCAUAUGGCCCCUAAGUGUUUUGGGAAAAUGGAUGGUUUGUCUUAAUUUCCCUGCAUAACUAAAGAGUUCUACUAAUUUAUGUCAGCAGUGAAUAUAAAAAAAAAACUGUUAAACUCUGUUCAGCAAUUCACAAACAAGGACCAUCAAUUUUUUUGCACUUUAAUGUGGAUGCUGAUUCUGCUUUUUUUGUUUUUUUUAUUUUAUUUUUUUACCCUUGCACAAGUAACAUAUAUAUUUUAUAUAUAUAUAUAAUUUGGAGCAGCUGCAAAUUAUAUGACAGAUGAUGCACUACAUUUUAAAACCAUGUUGUGUGUUUAACCAGAUAAAAUUCCAUAGCUCAGUGCUUGUAGAGCUAAUAAAAAAUAAAGGCCCAUCAGAUUCUAUAAACUUUUGUUGAAAUGGGGUAAUGUCCCAGUCUAGGUUUAAAAUAUUGUCUGGCUCACAUUUGUAAAAAUACCAACUCUAUAAUUUGACUUCAUCUAUUUAAAAAAAAAUAUUAUUUCAUUCCUAAAUCCAAAACUUGACUUUUAUCUCUUUCAUGUUUACUAAAAAAAACAAAAAAAAAACUUUAUUUUUUAUGAACUCCUAUUUAUUAUGUGCUUGAUUUUGUGAACGUAAUUUUCAUUUAUGAAGAAAAAUGUCCCAUGCAAAAAGUUAAAAAAAAAAAAAAAAAAAGAAAAUUGAACCGUAUGUUGAGGGAACGAGAAAUCUUAACGCUAUUGGAAGAGGCAGACCAUAUGCUUUUGUAUUUGCUACAAAGACAUCUAUUUGUUGUAACAACAAAAAAAUGUUGUAGCAGCUGUAGGGUAAUAUUAGUUUACUUUUUUGACUAUUUUUGGAAUAUAUUUUUAUAUAUCGUAUGUAAAGUAAUUUAAUAACCAUCCUUUGACAAGAUAUUGAAGUGAUGGAAUAGGACUUUUGUUUGCUCAUGGCUAAUACUUCCCAGAAAUGAAUAGAGUGUAUAUAAUAUGCACACACUGCCAAUAUGUAUAAAAUACCAGCAAAUCUGUCUUUCUGAUAUAUUUACAUUUAUACUUCAAAUUGUCCUGAUUUUCUUUUCAAAUAAGUUACAACAUUGUAACAGAACAGUCCUUUUUAAUGCAGAAGAAUUUUUUUUGCAAACAAAGGAUAAUAUUUGUUUUUAAAGCUUUUAUAAAUAAAGGCUUAAAAUGAUUGUGCUUAUUUUAUCUUUCACUCCACAUUUAGAAAUUAUUAGACAGUGAUGUUUCCUUACAGUUAAAAUAACAAGAUGAUACUGAUUUCUCAGCUCAUAUUUAAUUUGCUUUGUUUCAGUUUUUUCUUUUUUUCUUUUGCUUAGGAUUUUUCACAACCUUUGUUAUCCAAUACGUCAAAACGCCUUGUAGAGAACCAACUCCACAAGGCAGUCUGCAAUAAGUUUUGUGUCUUAAUCAUAUCAUACGCCUUUUUAUAUUCUGCCUACUCUCAGAAAUAUAUUAUGUUCAAAGGAGAAUGUAAACAUUUCAGCAUGGGACAUAUGGGCUGGUAUUUCCAUUUAAUGUUUGUAUUAUACAGUGUUUGUUUUUCAAUUUUACAUCAUUUUUUUAAAAAGAAGUGACUCCCAAGGAGAAUUAAGAAUGUACAGUAUCUGAAUUAAAGACUAAGUUGUAUUAUUA